AUGCUUUCUUAAUGGAUUGAGAGUAUUUGUUUGGUUAAAUUUGACAUUGAAAUUGGUUAAAUUGUAGAAUGGACUUAACCAUUAUCAUCAAUAACAGAAUAAGAAGAAAAAAAUAUAAGCAUGUUGGCAUUCCCAGAUUCUAAUGCCUUUUCUUAAAAUGAAGGACAUCUUAAGUAUGUGUUUAGAGUUAGAAGGUCAGGUGGAAAAAAUAGAUUUUCAUUGGGAUUUGCAUUAUUCAUGUAAAGAAAAGAUGAAGAUAAUCCAAGAGGUUAUACAUAAAAAUCAAUUGUAAUUUUAACAAAUUUGCCUCUUGUUACUUUCUAUUAUAAUUUAUUAGAAAUGAUUUAUUCAAAUAUCAAGCAAGGAUGUCUAAAAGCAUAAUUACAAUUUGCUUAUGAAUAAAUAAGUAAAUUGGGAAAAACCAUAGCCCAAUAAAUUAUUUAAUCUCUAAAUAUUUAAUAAUAAAAUAGCAGUGGAAGUUCCACAUUAUUUAAAGAUGUAAAAGGUUGA